UUCGUUUUUCUACACGAUGUCUGCCAAGCGAGUUUAUUCUGCAUCUAAUGUGUUAUUUGAGGAUUCCGAUUGUCCUUUCCACGAUUCGGAUGACGAUUUAAUAGAUGAAGUGGAUCAAAUCUUUAUGGAAAAUCCUAUGGAUCUACCCUUGUAUUAUCAAGUGGGUUCCGGAUUUGAGACUUCUUCCUCGUCAACUCGUGGGCCUGUAUACAUGGCUGGUUCCAAUGAACGUUCGCUCGAUGAGGCGAUAGUGCUUACUGAAAAGUCUCGUCGACGCAACCAUAAAUAUCAAGCCGAGGAAAUUACUUUCAGAGCCAGUGUGGACAUUGAACGGUUGCCUCUGAAUGUGCAAGGAGUCCCGAUGGUUCGAAUUCCUGACACCGUCCGGGAGUUGUUCGAGCAGCUGAUUCGCCGGACAACAGCUGAUCUAAGCCCAUCAGACAUCAUCCGGUUCUGCAUUCAAGCUGAAGGGUUGGAUAAGCCUAUCAGCACUUCCUUAAUGGCAGUUUCGACUCUCACAGUGGAAAAGAUUUUGGCUGCUGUCAUGAAAGUGCUACAAUCCAAAGAUAAAAUCGAGCUAGACACAGGAUUUGCAGUUGAUGUGAUCACCAUCAGACGACCUGUGGGCGCCGGUGGUAAUAGGAAAGUGAUCAAUAUCUCCCUGGACAGACUGAGAAAACAGUCAAUUUUGUCCAUACCCUACGAUGAGGAAGGAUUGUGUUGCGCUAAAGCAAUUGUGUAUGCUUUGGCACAUCUGAAUGAGGACAAAGCUGCUAUUAAGGCCAUGAAAGAUCGUCGUCGACCAGCCCUCGUGAAGCGAGCAAGAGAGCUCCAUAUGGCCACGAAUGUUCCUUUAGGCCCCUUGCACGUUUGCGGAGAAUAG